AGAGGAAGCAGAGGUGACGCUCGGAACAGCGACCUCAGGCGCACUGAGACGCGCAGACAAGCCGCGCUCUGAUCAACUAUGGCGCUAUCAAAUGUCCUGGAAACUCCUGCAGCUGGGUUUAACUUCGACAACGCAUCGAGAAAUGCUGCUUUGGAGGGUCUGUUUGAAGGAAAGGCACCUAAACCCCUGAAAACAGGCACAACCAUAGCAGGAGUGGUGUUCAAGGAUGGAGUGGUACUGGGAGCAGACACAAGAGCUACCUCCAGUGAAGUGGUGGCCGACAAGAUGUGCUCCAAGAUCCAUUACAUUGCUCCAAAUAUAUAUUGUUGUGGAGCAGGUACAGCAGCAGAUACAGAGAAGACCACCGAGCUUCUCUCCUCCAACCUCACCAUCUUCUCUCUGAACAGUGGGAGGAACCCGCGCGUUGUCAUGGCCGUCAACAUACUACAGGAUAUGUUGUACAGGUAUCAUGGACAAAUUGGUGCCAAUCUUAUACUGGGAGGAGUAGAUUGCACUGGGAACCACCUGUACACAGUGGGGCCAUAUGGGAGUGUAAAUAAGGUGCCUUACCUUGCAAUGGGAUCAGGUGAUCUGGCUGCUCUUGGGAUUUUAGAGGACGGGUUCAAACCCGAUCUGGAGCUGGAGAAAGCCAAGGAGCUGGUGCGUGCUGCCAUCCACGCAGGAAUCAUGAGUGACCUCGGCUCAGGCAACAACAUCGACAUCUGUGUGAUCACCAGACAAGGAGUGGACUACAUCAGGCCCUACCAGGAGUCAGAGUACAAGGACAGCAGGAAAAUGAAAUACAGAUAUCGUCCAGGCACGACACCGGUCCUGACAGAGAGAGUAGUCCCCUUAAAGCUGGAGGUUGUGCAGGAGACGGUGCAGCAGAUGGAAACAGCCUGACCCACAAUACAAAGUCACACCACUACAUUCAGCAGCAACAGGAAAAGUCUUUCAUUUCACUGCUUCAUUAUUCAACCUGUUUUACAUAUAAGUAGUGAAAAAUCUCAGACAUUUGAUUAAGAUUGUCAUCAUGUUUUCUGCUCUGCUUCACUGGGAUGUGGAACACUUCACUGUAAUACUGCAGGAGUUACUGCUGUACUACAGUAAUACUGCAGGAGUUACUGCUGUUCUACAGUAAGCAGGGGGCUGCUCCAAGGCCAC